UCAAGGAAGACUGGUCUUCAUAGAAGCAGAAGCCAUCACAUCACAUAUCACAUCAUGCACAUGAUGGAGAGAACAGUAAGUUCAUCCCCCGUCCCUGAUCGACCUCGCCUUUACUCCCCGUUACAAUAGUAUCGAGGCAAAAACAGCUUGGGGCUGCUGCCAAAUCGACCGCUCCAAAUGCGCAGCUGCAUAUCCCAGUUUCUCCAAACCGAGAAGAAUGCAGCAUCAGCACGAGGCUGCCAGCUGUUUUCGCUUCUAAAACGCUCUCCGACUGCUGCUGAGUGAAGGAGGGACAGGGGUGUGUGUGCGUCUCACCGGCAACACAAAGGGGGAAAAAGACGAGCGACAGACGGAGGAAUUGGCAAGAGCUGCUGGUCUGCAGAGCUGCACAGGGGACGGUCAUGGUCGGACUAGGUUUCUGCAAAAUCAGAUUAGGAAAGCGAGGACAUGGGCUUGGAUUCUUACAUGUUCUGUGUGCGUUCAUAGUGUGCGCUGCUUUAUUCGUUCUGCUGUUUGUGGAUUUCCUUGAGUCAUGGGUCACCUCCAUCGGGAUGAGCACGGCAGUGGAGGCGCAGGCUGGCGUCCUUCCUCUGCAAAGCCUUCCACCCACCAGACCCGAGGAGUUUCUGCUCAUGCCCAGCCCGCUGGUGUGCCAGCGUGCCAAGCCUUACCUCAUCAUCAUGGUCACCUCUGCUCCUGCCAAUCAACGGGCCCGCCAGGCCAUCAGGGACACCUGGGGAGGUGAAGUGCAGGUGAGAGGCCUGCGGGUCAUGACUCUCUUCAUGGUGGGGGUGGCGUCUGACCCUGGACUUGGUAAGCUGCUGAUAGAAGAAGCCAGAGAGAAGGGAGAUUUGAUUCAAGGGCGUUUUUUGGAUACCUAUUCCAACCUCACUCUGAAGACCCUGUCCAUGUUGGGCUGGGCCCGCAGGUUUUGCCCUCAGACUCACUUCAUGGCCAAAGUGGAUGAUGAUGUCCUCUUCAAUCCCAGCGCCCUCUUACACUUCUUGAACAAGAGCCAUAACCCUUACGAGCAAGGAGACUUGUACCUUGGCAGGGUACAUCUCCACGUGGCCCCGGACCGUGACCCGGACAGCAAGCACUACCUUCCAGCAGGAGCCUACCCUCCAUCAGUCUUUCCAGACUAUUGCAGUGGUACAGCCUAUGUCCUGUCCCGCUCCGCACUGCUCAAAAUCUCCUUGGCAGCCUCUGCAUCACCUUUGUCCACACCUCUCCCCCCUGAGGAUGUAUUUGUAGGUCUGUGUGCCCGGACAGCUGGAGUGCUGCCUUCACACAGCCCUCUCUUCUCUGGUGGUCCGGGUGUCCCCUACGGACGCUGUUGCUAUCAGGUCAUGGUGUCCAUCCAUCACAUCUCACCCAGGGAGAUGCUGCACUACUGGGCUGAUGUCCAUUCUUCCCCCCCGUGCUCCUGGCUGAGUCAGCGGGCUUCUCUGGGGAUGUGCAAAGUCAGGGCAAUGCUGGGCUCGGCCCUCGGACUGCAACAAGGAUUGUGAUGACUGACAGGAGAUGAAAACUCAACCCACCGUGUCUGUUUUCAGUAUUACGAACAGCACAAGUGCUCUUUUGGCUGUGAAUCCACUAUCUGCACUGAGACAAUGUUUAUUUUUUAGAGCUUUAUUUUUGAAACACUUCACAAUACUCAGAUUUUUUUUUUAAAUAGAAUAUUCACUUGGAUAUAAAGUUAUUUGAGCAAUCUUUAAAACGUCUCACAACAUCUGUCUUGUUAGAGACAAACUAGCUGUAGAACACAUAAUAGCAUGCUCUAAUGGCUGGUACACUUUCACAUAUUUAUAGGCUGCUACGCUCACAUACUAUUUUAAAACCUGUGUAGUCUUUCACCAGCUAUAAUUCAAAUGUAGUAGUUAAGUCUGAAUGGCCAAGUGCACGUCUUCACAGGCUAAUGCAGCAGACAAAAAUAUCCUACUUCAGACAGGUUGGACAAAAUUUAAAACAACAUACUUUGAUUUGCAAAAACUAGCAACCUCUCCAGGGUGUACCCAGCUUUUCACCCAAUGGUAGCAGGGAUCGGCUCCAGCAGACCGUAAAGAAGGUUGAAGGACAGAAAACACAUGAUGCUCUAGUGUAGACGCUCAUACAUGGAUGACUCAGUCAUGCAUAAAGUGUGUUGUAACUCGACUUCCUUUUCAAGAGGAAAGGUUUUUCAGUAUAACGGACAGCCUCGAACCAGUUCCUUUGUUUCAAGCCUUCGAGAGUAAACAUACAAGUUGCACAAUAGGAGUCAAUUUUACAAGAUAGACCAGUUCUCAAACAGGCCAUGUCAGUUGCUUUUCUUUGACAAAUUGCAGAAACAGUGACAGGUAGGUGCACUACUGCGGAAGAGCAUUAUUUGUAAGUUUUCAGAAAAUAUGUGAAAUCAUUUGUGUGAAUUGUGGAUUUGUAAUCACACGUCUGGCCUGUGUUUCUGCUACACUAUGACUAAGAAACAAUCUGAUUAUUUACACUCAGGAAAUGUGUGUAUGGAUCAAAUUCAGGCAGCAAUAAACCACGUGUUAACAAAUGGUCUGCUUUUUUUUUCUUUUUAAAUCAACAUUUCUAGUGAGCUGUUUUUCCAUGCUGCACAACUGAUGAAAAAAGGCAGUUGAGAGAGUAAAAAAUGUUGGAGGAACUCCAUAUUUAAAACAUGACUCUUUAGCAGUGAAUGAGGAUGCAAUUACUACUACUAAUACUACUGUCAUUUAGCAGAUGCUUUUAUCCAAAGCGAUUUACAUCUGAGAGAACAAACACAAUAACACAAGUUUAAAUAUUAUAUUCAAGCCUUAUUUUAUAUUUCAAAAGCAACCUCUGUCUAUUUAUUUCCAGUCACCACAAAGUAUUCUGUUAUGUGUACCCACAUCCUCCCUGACACAACUGUUCCCUUUUAUCCAGGUACUUUAAGUGGGUGGGGUA